AUGGCUCCAGAAAAACGUACCGCAGAUGACCAUAAUGUCAUUAUCAUUGGUGCAGGAUGGCAGGGUAUUGCAGCCGCUAGGACAUACCUCCAGCUCAAACCUAACAUCAAACUGACUGUAAUUGACUCUGACAGUAGCAUCGGCGGAGUCUGGAGUAUUGAGCGAAGCUAUCCUGGACUCAUUGCCGAUAGUCCUGUUGGGUGCUAUGAAUUUUCCGACAUGUGCAUGGAUGAAGAUCCGGAGUUGGAAAUGUGGAAGAUAAUUCCCGGUCAUAAAGUGGGUGAAUAUCUUCGCAAGUUUUCCAAGAGAUUUGGUAUCGAUGAACACCUCCGCCUUAAUACGAAGGUCUUCUCGGCGGUCCCUGAAAAUGGAACUGAUGGCGUCAAGAGGUGGAGUCUAGAAGUGCAAACAAAAGGAAAAGAAAAGGAAUUUCUCAAGUGUGAUAAGUUGAUUGUAGCAAGUGGACCUUCUUCGGAUCCAAGAAUGCCGGAUCUCGACACGAGUCAAUUCAAUGGACCUGUUUUUCACUCUCUUUAUCUUGGUGCACGACAUGCCGAGCUUACUGACGACAAAAUCAAACAUGUUACUGUAGUCGGAGGCAACAAAUCGGCUGCGGAAGUCGUCAAUCUAUGUGCAACCGCAGGAAAGAAAGUUACUUGGUUGAUACGAGAAGGUGGUGCUGGUCCAGGAAUGCUUAUACAAGCGAGAUCGGGAGGGGUACAUACCGCCGCCAUUGCAUUCUCCAGAUGGGCAGGGCUAACGGUUCCAUGCUUGUUGAGAACUCAUGGAUUUUGGUAUUGGCUUUUACAUAGUGGUCUCUUUUGGCCCGGUAUCUGGUUGAUUGGAAAAUAUUGGGAGUGGGCUUCUCACUAUAUGUUAAAAGGUCUCUAUGAACAGAGCGAGAAUGCUAAGAAAAUCGCACCUGAUUUACAACAUCUCUUUUGGUCGACAUCUGCACCUUCCUUCCUUCAAGAAGGCAGUACCUUGUUCGAAAAGCUGAAUGAAGGAAUACUUAUAGAUGUCCAGCGCACGCAUAUAUCCAACGUUAAUCCCAAAAGUGUCACUCUCGAUAAUGGUACUCACCUUGCUACUGACGCAAUAAUAUUUGCCACUGGAUGGAAUUUAACCUUUUCCAAAUUCUUCACACCCGAAACGCGUCUUGAGCUGGGCCUUCCAAUUCCAUUUGGCUCGGAACCUCCCGCUUUGAAGGAAUAUUGGAAAGAACUCGAUCUCGAAGCUGAUCAAUGGGUUCAUAAAACCUUUCCCUUCUUAUCCAACCCGCCUAAAACUUAUGAAACUCCGCCGGACCAUACACCAUAUCAUCUCUAUCGCCAAUCAAUCCCCACCAGCCUAGCUACCCGCAACGAUCGAUCUCUCAUUUUCCUCGGCGUCCUAGCAUCUCCUCAAAUCCCAACCUAUGCUGAACUUUCUUCGCUGUGGAGUAUCGCCUAUCUCGAGAACAUGCACGCUCCCGAGAUCGAUAAAAUAUUCCGUGACAAAUUGACCAUGGAUCUCGAUACCGCGCGGGCAAAUGCAUUUAUGAAGUGGAGAUAUAGACGAGCGGGGAUUAUCGAACCGAAUGUGGGAGCGGAGGUACAGGAUCUUUGUGAUUUGCUCUGUGAGGAGUUGGGGGUGGAAGCGAGGAGGAAAGCGAGGGUGGGGGGAUGGAAAGGUUCGUGGAAUGAGUGGUUUGAGCCGUAUCGAAGUAUGGAUUAUAAGGGGGUUGUGGGGGAAUUUUUAGAGGUGGUGAGGAAAAGGGAGGAGGGGAAAGCUAAGAGUGAGUAG